AUGGUCGCCGUGUUGUUGCUGGUGCUGCACGCAAUCGCGAUCGAUGCUAAAUCGCAAACAUCGAAACAGUUGCGUGUUUGCAUCGUGGAGGGCGGCGGCAACUACAAGAAAGGUGCCCAGAACUGCCCGACGCUGGAGAAAAACUCCAACGUGCGCUGCGUGUACGGGCUCGACCGGCUUGACUGUUUGCGCAAAAUACACAAGGGUACCGCCGACUUUGCCGCCUUCUAUCCGGAAGACUUCGUCGCCGCACGGUGGUCGCAGGUCGACAUACUGGUCACCAGUGAGCUUCGAUUCCGCGCCGAACACUUCGAGUACCAGAUCGUGGUGGUGGUUGACAACGAGGCUGAGAUCAAUACGGCGCGAGAACUGCGAGGAAGCAAGUUUUGCCAUCCCGGGCAUGGUCUAAAGAAUCACUGGACGGCGGUGCUGGCUGACUAUUUUGAGAGAAGGCUAACACCACGCGAAUGUGAAGAUGAUCUUUCACCUGUCGAAUCGAGUCUCAAAUCCGUCGCUUCAUUCUUUGGACCAUCCUGCAGGGCAGGCCCUUGGGUACCAGAUCCCGUAGAAGAUCGUCGGCUAAAGAAAAAAUAUCCCUCCCUGUGUCAGUUAUGCUACAAUUCGUACCAGUGCGCGAUCGGUGACAAACACUGGGGUCGUCGAGGUCCACUCUACUGCCUAACAAGUGGCGCUGGUGAGGUGGCUUGGGCCCGGCUGGACGAUGUACACAGUCACUUUGGAUUUGCGGGACUUCCGGCUGAGGCUAACCCAGCUGAGUAUAGCUUCCUUUGCCCUGAUGGGCACCUCCAACCACUUGACACUCGAAAGCCCUGCGUAUGGUUGUCUAAACCAUGGUCUGCGAUCGCUGCCAAAUCGAAGGUGGCGAUGGAGGUGCAAGAUUUGGUGGCGAACCUCUCGCACGAUGACAUCCACAGCUGGCAGAACGCGUUGCUAAUGGUCCUUGAGACGUAUCACGUUAACAUCACCACGCUCGACACCGUUAUCCCGGUGGAUGACUACCUCGAUCAGGCGGUCGGGUUCCAGGAUGCGUACAACAACCCCGGUUGCAAUCCGAGCCGCUCGAUAGUGUUCUGUACCAAGUCGUUGCUGGAGCUGUACAAGUGUUCCUGGUUGCAGGAAGCCGCCAGUGUGUAUGGUGUCGAACCGGGAUUGCAGUGCAUCCGAACGGACGGAUUGGAUCAGUGCAUGGCGAAGAUACACUCCAAGGACGCCGAUCUGGUGAUCGUGGAUCAGGAUAAUGCGAUGCGAGCACAGCGGGAUUACGGUCUACGGCCAAUCCUGUACGAGUACUCGUCCAAUGCCCUGCACAAGUACAUGAUCGUGGCCGUUGUCGCAAGAGGUGCUGGUUUUCGAUCAGGAUAUGAUCUUCGAAACCGUAAGGCUUGCUUCCCCCAGUACGAAGGAGCCGCUCACAUGGCGGUACUGGCUGCGCUGCAAAACCACUCCAUCGGGAAUGUGCGGAACUUCUUCUCAGACAACUCCUGCAACUGGAAGAGCACGAGCCGAUGUUCGCCUGUGUACGACGGGGAUAACGGUGCCAUGCGAUGCCUACAGGACGGUCUCGGGGAUGUAGCCUUCGUGAGUUAUGAAGCGUACAAAAACGCAAAAGCAGCCGCUGCAGCCGGCAAGGAACAGAACUGGACGAUAUUUUGUCCCUUCAACAAACCCAUCAAACACAACGCGCUGUGCUAUCUUGGCUGGACGUCGGUUGGUAGCAUCAUGAUCGCCAACGACACGAUCGUGCGGCGUGAGAACGAGAUCUACAACGCGAUGAAGGACAUCGACAAGCUGUUUGGUCGCAAAAACGGGCUCAAAGCGGAAUCGUUCAAUAUGUACGGACAGUUUGAUGGACGUAGUGACGUGAUUUUCCGGGAUGGGACGGAGAGCCUUCGCAAUCGGCAGGAAAUGAUGCGCGAUAAGAGCGAUGGUUUCUUUGAACCAACGGGUUCGAUUUGGUUAAAUGGAGGUGCUGUCGAGCUGACCGGUACCACGACUCAACUGAUGCUGCUCGUAACGGCAGCCAUGGCAGUCACGCAAAUGCUCCAAAGGGUAUGAAUUACGUUUCGAGAGCUAUGCCCGUGUAAUAGCGCAAACAAUCACCUCACGAAAUAUCGUAUUUACCAUCACCACGAUUAGUAGCAGCGUUAAUCAUUCGACAGGGCAGCGAGAUUCAAUCAUAAGAAACGUAUUGGCUAUGUUUAAGUAGGUUAGGAGGUUUUCAUCAUAAGUUAAACGUUAAACAGUUACUUACCGUUCGUGCGUAUUAGGUAUUCGACCGAAUUCCUGUGGCGUAGCGCGUGUUCCCGUGUUUGCAAGUAUCGCCUGAAAAUAUGAUAAAACUCUAAUCAAUACUCCUCCAAGCGAGAGAAAUGUGCUACAGCUUGGUAUAGCGAAAUUGUGCGACAAAAACUGACGUAUAUUUAUGGUAAUAAAACGAGACGCUAUGA